GUAAAUCCAUGUUAAAUGCUCAGUCACCUAAUCACAUAAAAUAUUCUGUGUCUGUCCUCGUGUACAAUAAUACGUGUAAAUAAAUCAGCAUAAGAAAUCCUAGUAAAUGCAAAUAGUUUCUAAAGACGUCAUUUUAAAACAUGUUGCUGGCACGCAAAAAACAUUCCGUCACAUAUAAUCGCUGCCUUAAUGUGUGUUAUUAUCUCUCGUAACAAACCAAUCAGAAAAGCUUUCCAUUCGUCUUUCUAAAACCCCCCACUCCCGUGAUAAGCCGUAGUGGGGGUGGGGGCAACACCGGCAUUCACCGGCCGGCUCCUCGAGAAACUGGAACUUCAGAAUCUGCUUCGUAACUGAGCAAUUAAGUGCCGCAUCGGGCUAAUUUGUGCUGUUUUGUAUGUGGAGCUGUGUUGUGCUCCGCGCAAUAACAAAUGCUUUAACUCGGGAAGGAAAUGCACACAAGUGAAAGGGCUGGAGCUGCGCGGAGCCCCUCGCAUUCUGCACCGCGGGUCGGUGGUGGACAUUCGUGUUUUCAGACUGGUAACAGCGGAUAGCGGUCGUGCUGGGCGCGGUGCGGGAUUACUAUGGAUCAAUGACACACACCUCAUAGAUAAUGGAAUACACAAAACUGUAUUUGCGCAUUUGGAACUGUUUGUAAGUAUGACCAGUUCACUGUUAAAAUACACCGAUCUGUACCUACUGGAUUCAUCAUAUCAAAGACGCUGUGGAGAUAUUCAAAGAGAAAAGUGAUUCGCUUCUAUUACAAGACAUGAGCAUAUCAUCUCUGGCACUAGGAUCAACGACGUAUUUAUGGAAAUUGGGUCUCUCAGAUGGCAUGAAACUGCAAAGACGUGACUGGACCUGAUGAGAUUCAGCGCUACGCUUCAUCAUUUCAGUGAUCCAGCUGCGUGGGUUGAACACUGAUGCUCCGAAUCUCUGAUGCUGAUGUUGGUUCAUCGCCCUUGCGCUGUUGCUGCAUUCUAGGAUGUUGCGACAAGUGUUGCACGAAGGGCUCAGGACGUCAUUCCACAAACUGGGCCACUUCGUCGCCAAUCACCCGGUGUUUUUCGCCUCAGCGCCCGUGCUGAUCUCAAUCCUGCUGGGCGCGAGCUUCAGCAGAUACCGCAUUGAGGAAAACGUGGAGUACCUGUUAGCUCCCAAACACAGCCUGGCGAAGAUCGAGGGGAACUUGGUGGAUAGUUUGUUCCCAGUGAACCGGUCCAAACACACGCUUUACUCGGACCUGCAAACACCCGGGAGAUAUGGCCGGGUCAUCGUGACUUCGCGCAGGGGGAGCGUGUUGGACCCUCAUCACGUCAACUCAGUCUUAAAGCUUCACAACACCAUCACUCAGAUCCAGGUUCCUAUGCUGGGAUUUAACUACACAUUUGCCCACCUCUGUCUGCUGGAUGAGAGCAAGAGCUGCAUUGUGGACGACAUCCUGCGGGUUCUGGAAGAGAUGAGAUCGGCGCGGGCAUCCAACCAUUCAGUACCCCCUCUGCGUUAUCCCAUCACCAAGCUCAAAGAUGGACGGGAGGCCUAUAUUGGUCACCAACUGGGUGGAGUCCUGGCAAGCGGAGGGAGAGACGGGGUGCGCUCUGCUCGAGCCCUUCAACUCACAUACUACCUGCAGGCGGUCAGUCCAUUGAAUGAAGUGGUUGCGGCCAGCUGGGAGCUGCUGUUUUGCAGGGAGCUGGAGAACUUUGGAAAGGCUCAUCCGGAGCUUAGUUUACACCCCUUCACCUCCUCUUCCCUUCAGAGGGACUUUCAAAGAACCAGUCGGGUAUCAGAGCGGCCGCUGCUCUUCAGCCUGGCUGUGUGUCUCUCGCUGGCCAUGCUGUGCUGUUCAAUGCGAGACUGUGUGCGUACAAAGCCCUGGCUGGGUCUGCUGGCUCUGGUGACCGUCAGCCUUGCCACACUCACCUCUGCUGGCAUCUUAAACCUCACUGGAGGGAAAUACAACUCAACGUACCUGGGGAUCCCUUUUGUCAUGUUAGGUCAUGGCUUGUUUGGCACAUUUGAGAUGCUGUCGUCUUGGCGACGGACCCGCGAGGACCAGCAUGUGAAGGAGCGAGUUGCUGCUGUGUUCUCUGACUGUAUGCUGCCCUUCACAGCUAGCACAGCCCUGCAUGUAGUCACCUUUGGCAUCGGAGCCAGUCCAUUCACAAACAUUGAAGCUGUGCGACUCUUCUGUCAGAACGCCUGUAUCUCAGUCCUCUUCAACUACCUCUACAUCCUCACCUUCUAUGGCUCCAACCUGGUGUUCGCUGGAUACCUGGAAAACAACUAUCGUCACAGUUUGUUCUGCAGGCGUGUACCGAAGCCCGAGCUGCUGCAGCAGAAGCCAGCAUGGUACCGCUUUCUUAUGUACACACAUUACAACGAGGAGGCCACGGAAGCAGGACCCCUGUGUGCUUAUGAAAGCCACCUACUGGUAGCCUUUAUGAAGCGGUACUACUGUGACUGGAUCACUAAUACCUAUGUCAAACCAUUCGUGGUUCUUUUCUACUUAGUCUAUGUUUCCUUUGCCCUCAUGGGCUACCUUCAGGUCAGCGAAGGGUCAGAUCUUAGUAAUGUGGUUGCCACAGAAACAAGCACUAUAGCUUAUACUCGUGCCCAACAGCGGUAUUUCAGUAGUUACAGUCCUGUGAUCGGCUUCUACAUCUAUGAGUCGAUUGAGUACUGGAACACCAGUGUGCAAGAGGACCUACUAGAGUACAUUAAAGGUUUUGAACGCAUUUCCUGGUUCGAGAGUUACCUUAACUAUCUUCAUGGGCUGAACAUCACUACUAGCCUGUCCCGCAGCAACUUUACAGAGCGCCUGCGCUCUGGCUUUCUGCGUCAACCCCGAUACGUGCAUUUCACAGAUGAUAUCAUCUUUGCCAAACGAUCAGAUGGGGAAUUUGACGUGGUGGCCUCACGUAUGUUUCUCAUUGCUAAAACAACUGAAAACAAACGAGAGGAGAUGUCUAUCCUACUGGACACACUGAGGAAACUGUCAUUGACCUCCAGGGUAAAAUUCAUCAUCUUCAAUCCAUCCUUUGUGUAUAUGGACCGAUAUGCCUCAUCAGUUGGAGCACCGCUGAAGAACUCUUGCAUCGCUGCUCUCUUUCUGCUUUUCUUUUCCACCUUCUUGGCAGCUGACCCACUGGUGAAUGCUUGGUUGACUGUGACAGUAGCCUCGGUUGAGUUUGGACUGGUUGGUUUCAUGACGCUCUGGCGGGUAGAGUUGGACUGCGUCUCAGUACUGUGUUUGAUCUACGGGGUGAACUAUGCUGUGGACUCCAGUGCUCCACUGGUAUCAGCAUUUGCUCUAGGCCGUGAAUCCACUCGAACACGCUGGGUGAAACUGGCUCUGGAGCAACAUGGGGUCCCUGCCUUGCAGAGUUACUUGUGUUACGGGGCAGCUUUGCUUCCUCUUGCAGCCGUGCCCUCAAACCUCACCCGAACGCUCUUUAGGUGCCUCUUUCUCACCGCCAUAAUCACAGCCUUCCACUGUUUGGCCAUUCUUCCUGUCCUGCUCACUUUCCUGCCUCCCUCCAAGAAAAAACGGCGAGAAAGAAAAAAUGCUGCAGAAAACAGGGAAGAAAUUGAGUGUGUGGAGAUGGUGGACAGCACUCGUGUGGUUGAUCAGAUUACCACUGUCUGACCGCAUGCCUAAAAGGGAGGCAGAUAAGGAUGUACAAGAAAGGAAAAGCCAAAACACCCCCAGGGGGCGAUGGAAAGAGACCUGUGAAAGCUGGGCUUUGAAGUUUAUGGGCAAAGAUGACUUUUAAGUACUUUACAAGUGUACUUAAGCAUAACAGGUACAAGCCUACAUGUUAAACAAGGCUUUUGUUUGAUCAUAAAUGCAGUUGACAAGUUAAAGAUUGAGUUAUUGAUGCUGAGAUGUAUCAUUGUGAUGGCAAAAGCCUUAUGCAGGUUUUGCUGCAGCUCAAAUGAGAGCGAGGAAGGCCAGAUGAACCACACUGCUGAACAGUUGCAGAUAAUCACAGAGGGAGGGCUCCUCUGGUCUGCAGUAUUACAGCAGCAGUAAAGCGGAAACUGUAACAAGCUAUUGCUCUGUCAAGGCAUAGAUAGAGACUUCUGAUGCCCCAAGAACCAUACAAAUAAAUUCAGGGGCCAAGCAGCCAUAUUUGUACCUGCUGAUAGCCAUGACUUUGAUACACCCAGUGUCACCUCCUCCAAAAGGUUUGGUAACACCGUAUAUUUGUGGGAUUAUGGGAUAUAGUGAUAGUAUCUUUUCAAACUCCCAGAUAAGAUGAAAGCCACCUCCCCCACAAUGACCAAUGUGUUGGAGACAUUUAUGACUGGUCUUUUUAAAUAGAACGUAAAAAGAGAAAAAAAUGGAUUGGAGAAAGUGAAGGACAGAAGGGGGUGGGGAUGAGCUUUAGAGAUACACAGAAGCAGCAAGCCUCUGCAGACAGGUUGGUAUGAUGUGAAAUUCUUUCAGGGUAAUUCAUACUCACAAUUGAGUUGCAUAGUGCAUGUUUGAUUUCAAUUAGAGCAUCACUUACCAAUUAAGUCACAGUGGAGAGUAUAUUCUUUGAAGGAUUCAUGCCUGCUUCUCCUUGCUUAUUCUGUUUGUCUCUAAAAAUGCUGAAAAUCACCUUGUCACAGACAAUGCUCUUCAUCAAUAUGCAUGAGCUAGAGUCCCUUCGUUUUCACCCUCCUUUGCCCUCUGUAAAAAAAGAGAGAGAGAAAGAUAAAGAGACCUGGGGCAGAAAUAGAGCAAGGGAAAGGAGCAUCUGGCGAUCAAAUCUACUUUUCAAAUUCUCCUCUAAGCCAAAAGCAACUGAUGUCAAAUCAGUCAAGAGGUUUAACAGACUGUAUUUGUGUGGAGAAAGAGUCUCUUUUUUUAAACAUGUGGACUGCGACAAUGACAUUUAUUAUGUGUUUGGCAGCUUGUGAAUUGGUGCUGAUUAUAGCUACAAAUAUAAAGACCAAGAAAAGGGAAAAUACAUACACAUGAUCGGAUACUUUCGCAAUUAUAAUCUGGCAUCUGCAAAAUAGUUUUUGAUCAUUGCCCAUCUACUUGACCACUAGAGCUCACCUACUCCAUUCUCUUCCUAAGUAGCACUUCAGCCUGCAAUCAUCUGGAGAUAUUCCCACACCUAUAUGGUUAAUUAAAUCAGCCCAUAUAUAUUUACCAUGCUAAAGCCUCUCACAGCUGAUCUUACUGAUCUCCGUGCAGUAGCCAGUACUCAAUACUCUCUCUGACUAAUCUAAGGAUAGUGCUCUGAAAGAUUCUCUCAACAAUUUAAUUAAAGUCUUUUACGAUCUCUGAGUGACCCCAGAUCAGCAACCCAACAGAAACUUUGACUGAUGUAAUGUGAGUGUUCAGACAGCUGUCUGAUCUCAGAACAGUGCUGUAAAUAGGCCUCUUGGUAAUUUCUGAAAAACUCUGAAACACAUCAAUUCAUGCUUUUUGUUCAGCACUAUUUUGACAGGCCCAAAUCAUUUAUACUUAAUUCAUAUGUUUAUUUAUCUAAGUUUUCUUAAAUUAAGAUAGAUUUGCACGAUACGAAAAACAGCAUAAUAUAUUAAAGCUUGUUUUCAAAGAAUAAAUCAGUUUUAUUAUUUUUUAGUUUUUAAUUUAAAGCACAAGUGAGCAAAAUAUUAAGUUUGCUAAUGGAAUAAGAACAUCAGUCUUUUCCAAGAACGUCUUAUAAAACCUUAAUAAUUAAAGGGAUAGUUUACCCCAAAAUGUACCUUACCAUUUACUCUCCCUCAUGUGGCUUCAACAUUUAUUAUUUGCUUUCUUCUGUUGAACACAGAAGAAGAUAUUUUGGAAAAUGUUGGUUGCUAACACCUAUAGAUAUUUACAUCAGAUGUCGCCUACGUUGUUGUUGUCGAUUGGAAGGAAUGUGUCAAUACAGCCACCAUUUUAGUACAGGGUAGCGCUCCAUUGAAAUAAAUGUGGGACCAAGGUGUAGUGGAGGGCUGGCCAUCUGGAGCCAUAGAUAUAAACACAUAUACAUAUAUCUAUGAUUGGGAGUUUUCCUGGUGUUCAGUAUGCAAAUAUUUUUUAAAUUAUGAAAAUUCAAAUUUUACAUGACUUUUCUCUAUUACUGGAUAAGUGAUCACACAGGCAUUGCUGACAAUGAGCAUGUGUUUAUGUGCACGGAAAUGUAUUAUCCUCCCUCAAUGUUAAAUUCCACUUCUAAUCCUAACGGAGGGAGCAAUUCCUUUAUGAAUGAAUCUCCAUUAUGAAUGACUCGUGUGAUAUUCCUUCGUCUCAAUGUGCAAAUCUACCUUUUUCAUCUAAAUGGUAUGAAAAUUAUAAUAUUAAAUUGAGGUGCAGGCACUGUUAUCAGACACCCUUAUAAGUUACUUCAAAAACUAACAUUAAUAAUAAUUGAAGUUUCUGGUAGCGCAGAAUCUUUCCUGCAGGCACAGGAUGUCAAUAUGACGUCAUAUUGACGUUGUACCCCACUGUCGUGGGGACGUUGGAUGGUGAUUGGAAAU